UUUACUACGUCGUUAGUGCCGGUGUGAAUAAGUUCAUUUUUAGUGAAGAAAUAAUUCAGACACCAAUCGACAAUCAAGUGCGAAUAUUGAAUAUAUAUAAAUGCUCUGGCGAAAUCAAAAACUCAACUGGUAUUAUGCGGCUUGCUUCACUGCWUUCUGGAUAAUACUCUAUGCGGCAAUAGUAGUCCAACAGGUAUACCGCUUACCCACACCACUCACACAUAAGGAUGCAGCAAAACACACAGGCGAAUUUAUUGCUGAACGAGCUGAGGACUUCCUCUUUAAACUAACUAGUCUCGGACCUAGAGUAGUCGGCAGUGAGGCAAAUGAAGUGCAAGCGGUGAAAUUACUUAUGGAUGAAAUUCGUGAAAUCGAAAAACAAAAGAGUGAUUACUUUGAUUUUGAGGUAGAUAAGCAAGUGGUCUCAGGYCAAUACUCAGCCACACGUUUGUACCAGAGCGUACAAAAUGUGAUGGUCAAACUGAGUGCCAAAACCAGCAGGAGUCCAAACUAUUUACUGAUAAAUGCACAUUUUGAUACCAAACCAACAAGYCCCGGUGCAAGUGAUGAUGGCGCAAUGGUAUCCGUUAUGAUGGAGUUACUACGUAUACUGGCAACAUCCAAUGGACCACUUGAACAUCCAAUAGUGUUUUUAUUCAAUGGCGCUGAGGAGGAGUCACUCUAUGCAUCGCUCGGUUUUGUUCGACAACACAAAUGGGCAAAAAACUGCAAGGUUGUGAUCAACUUGGACGCCGCUGGUUCGGGUGGUCGUGAACUACUAUUUCGUACAGCUGCUAAUAGCCCUUGGCUUAUCAACUACUAUAGCCGUGUGCCACAUCCGUUCACCAAUGUCCUAGCUGAGGAACUCUUUCARUACAAUUUAAUUCCAUCUGAAACAGAUUUCCGAGUUUUUAGAAACUAUGGUGGUAUGCAGGGUCUUGAUUUGGCUUAUGCUUAUAACGGUUACGUUUACCAUACGGAAUUCGAUAGCUUUAGUGUUUUUCCGAAAGCCUCACUGCAAAACACUGGCGAUAAUGUGUUAAGUUUAGUGAAAUCUAUCGGCAAUGCUCCUGAAAUGAGAUAUAAUAUGACUAGUAACUACCAACCUGAAUAUUUAAUUUUCUACGAUUUCCUCGGCUGGUUUGUGCUUUCUUAUACGCUGAACACCAGCAUUAUCAUCAAUCUGGUUGUAUGUGCGGCCGCUUUGCUUGCGAUCACAAUUUCACUUUACUUUAUUGCAACGAAAUCAAAUCAAAGCAGCCUCCCAUUCACCAAGUAUUGCCUACACACACUAAUCAUACAAAUACUCUCACUCGCAUUGGCUGCUGGCAUACCGUUACUUAUCGCCUACUUCAUGGAUAUUAUAGGGUGUUCCAUGUCGUGGUUCUCUGCAAAUUGGUUAAUAUGCGGCCUUUACUUUUGUCCAGCAUUUUUCGCUUUGGGCAUUUGCCCCGCAAUAUUCCUGGAAAGUACAAAGAAACACGUGCUAAAUUUGAAUUUUCGCAUACAGUUAUUCAUGCACUCACAUUGUCUGCUGCUAAUUAUUUUAACGAUCACUUUAACCUUUUUGAAUAUUCGUUCGGCUUAUAUGUGCAUGUUGCCGGUGCUGUUUUAUGCAGCAGCUUUGAUUAUUAAUUUAAUAACACAACUGCAUUAUAACGGUCAUUGGUUUGCCAUUCCCAUUAUAAUGAGUCAAAUAAUGCCGUUCAUGUAUUUUACAUAUGUUGCGGAGUAUUUAUUUUUCAUAUUAAUACCGGUAAGUGGGCGCAAUGGCAGUUCGACCAAUCCGGAUUUAGUAAUUUCCUUGGUUGCCAUUUUAAUUACGAUUUUAUGCAGUGGAUUUUUGAUACCACUGUAUUUUUUGUUUCGCAAGGCACGUUCAAUCAUAACUUGCUUUUUGGCUGUCACUGUAGUUUUCAUAAUAUUAGCUGCCACCCCGAUAGGCGCACCCUAUACUCCACAAUUAGCACCACAGCGUUAUUCAAUUCAGCACACAAAUCAAAUAAAUCAUAACCUCGAUGGCAGUACACGCAUCAAUGAGUCGGCGAUUUAUGUCUAUCAACAAGAUCGACAUAUUGAGACAGCGGAAGAUGUGAUAAAUCGCUUUGGUGCAAUAUAUGAAGCCAGCAUUGUGUGCAACGAUCCAUCGACUUGUCUACAAAACAGGCCCAGCGUUUUCUAUUCGCCGAACAGUUUGUGGCUACCCGUCAAAGAGUCGCCGAUUAUACCAAGCAAAAAACCCGUACUAAAGCUUAYUUCCACAACUGUCUUGAAUUCAACCAAUACGCGACGUUACAAUUAUACUUUAACCGGUCCAGACCACAUGGCGAUUUUUAUUGAACCGAAAACUCCGGCCAAAAUCGUAAAUUGGUCCUUUGAUGAAGCAAUGCUGACCACAGGAAGAAAGAAUUUUGCUAUCACAUUUWCAUAUGGCGUAGAUAACAAGGCGUUCGAAUUCUUUAUAGAUUUAGAGCACACCACCAAUAAUGGAACCUUGGGUAAUUUAGAAAUUGGUAUUGCUGGUAACUGGAUAAACCAAAAAUUUCAACGCGCUCAAAUUUAUGAARAAUUCUUAAAAAGUUUUCCGGAUUAUGUAGCAAGCGUCAGCUGGAUUUCCAGCUAUGAAAGUUGGCUAUUUUAAAGUCUAUUUUUAAAGCUUUGGAUAACUUAGKAUAUACUACCCUACAGGUCCUUAAUAAAGUGGAAGUAAGGUAAAGUUGAGGUAAAGUAAUUAUCAUAAAUAUGGCCAAUUCAGAGACUUGAUAGCUUAGUAUGAUACUUCGUACAGUCCUUWACUGGUUAACAAUUUAAAACAAAAAAUAUWUAAAAUAAAGUCGAACAUAAGAAGAAGUUGUCUUAA